AUGGACAACACAGCCUUCCCGAGGAAGAACUUCACAAAGCACUCAGAAAGUUGUGAUCCUGACAGCAAUCAACCCCUGAACAGCCUCGGCAAGGUGAUCCUGGACAAGUACUACUUCCUCUGCGGGCAGCCCUUCCACUUCAUCCUCAGGAGGCAGGUGUGUGACGGCCAACAGGACUGUGCCUCGGGGGAAGACGAGCAGCAGUGUGUCAAGAACUACCCUGAUGGGCCUCUGGUGGGAGUCCGCCUCUCCAAGGAUCGAUCCACCCUGCAGGUGCUGGAUGCCACCACAGGGGCCUGGGCCUCCGUCUGUUUCGACAGCUUCACGGAAACUCUGGCCAAGACAGCCUGUGGGCAGAUGGGCUAUGACAGCAAACCCACCUUCAGAGCCGUGGGGAUUAGCCCAGACCAGGAUCUGGAUGUCGUUGAAAUCACAGAAAACAGCCAGGAGCUUCGUGUGCAGAACUCAAGUGGACCCUGUCUCUCAGGCUCCCUGGUUUCCCUGCACUGCCUUGCCUGUGGGGAGAGCCUGAAGGCCCCUCGGGUGGUGGGCGGGGAGAAGGCCUCUGUGGAUUCUUGGCCUUGGCAGGUCAGUGUCCAAUACGAUAGAAAACACAUCUGUGGAGGGAGUAUCCUGGACCCUCACUGGAUUCUCACGGCAGCCCACUGCUUCAGGAAGCACCUUGAUGUGUCCAACUGGAAAGUGAGGGUCGGCUCAGACAAAAUGGGCAACUUCCCAUCCCUACCUGUGGCCAAAAUCUUCAUCAUUGAGCUCAACACCAUGUACGCCAAAGAGAAAGACAUUGCCCUCAUGAAGCUGCAGUUCCCACUCACAUUCUCAGGUGGGAGAGCAGGUGGCACAGCUCAGCAGGAGGCAGCCAGAAAACCCAAGGGCCCUGUCAUCCAAUGGGCCCUGAAGAGAAGGGAAGCCCUUGACCCAGAGCUGGGGGUGAACAGCCCUGGGGCAGGGGAGAGGAGUGAUGGUGGGGGCAUAGGAGAAACCUUCCACACCCCACCCCUGCCAGCCCUUGUCCCUGAGGAGCCCUGA